AUGGGGCUUGCGGGCGUGCUGGCGGGGCUGGUGACGUGGAGGGUGCAGAAGGGCUUUGACGACAAUCGCAAGGCGGAGCUCGACACCUGGUGCGCCGGUCGCGCGCGCUCGCUGCAGCAGCAGUUCAUGCUCACCGCCGACCACGUGCAGGCACUGGCAGGGCUGGCAACAGUGUUUGGAGGGGUGCGGGAGAACCCGUGGGGCGUGGGGAAGUGCAUGAGCCACGAGAGGUUUGUGCAGUACGCGCACGCCACUGUGGCCGCGCGGCCCUGGGUGCAUGCCAUGAUCUACCUCCUCCCCCUCAACCACACCGACAGGGCGGCGUACGAGCGGCAGAUGCGGUGCAGCGUGGUGGACAUGGUGGGGCGGCCGCGCCCCCCAGCGGACUGGUACAUGCUGAUGCGCUACUGGUACAACGAGAUCCCCCUCGCCACGCUGCUCGCCAGCACGCCCUGCAAGGACGCGCGCACCAACCCCUCGUUCGGCCCGCAGCUGGGCGGCAUGGUGGAGCGCGCCGACUGGUGGUUCACCACGCCCUAUGUGCUUGACAAUGGCAACGCUGGCAUCGGCAUGGCAUUCCCGCUGUUCCGAGCGGGCGUGUCGACAGCAUCGCCGUUGGCGGAGCGGCAGCGUGCGUUCAUCGGAGCCAUGGCGGCGUCGGUGGACCUCAAGCGCCUCGCCAGCGCCAUCAUCCUCGACGUGCUGCAGGGCGUGAACUACACGCUUGAGAUCUACGAUGUCACGGACACCUUGGCAUCGCCCCCGUCAGGCCCGCGCCUGCUGUACGGCGUGGGCGAGCUGCCGCAGGGCGACCCCCAGCAGGUGUCCAAGGUCAUUCCGCCGUCCACGGACGCCAUGCUGCAGCCACACCGCCACAAGGCCGUGCACCCCAUCAACCUCACCGACCCCUCUCGCUCCUUCCAAGCCUGGUGCCGCUUUGCAGGGGCAGACGAGGCGCGCAGCUGGGUGGCGGUCGUGCUGGGGGCGGUCAUAGUGGUGGUGGCGGCGCUGCUGGCGGGCGUUGCUGUGAGCGUUGCACACAACACACGGGAGGCGAGGAGGAAGACGGCGGUGGUGGAGGGCAUGAAGGAGCGCACGCAGCGCAAGGAGCACAACAAGAGCGCCUUCAUCGCUUGCACAGCACACGAGCUGCGCACCCCAAUCAUCGGGAUGAAAGGCAUGUUGGAGCAACUGGUGGAGGGGCAGAUGGAGCGCGAGAUGAAGGAAGACGUGUGCACGGCGGUGGAGGAGGCGGAGCGGGUGGUGGUGCUGGUGAACACGGUGCUGGACAUCUCCAAGGUGCACGCGGGCUGCCUGCACCUCGAGCGACUGCCCUUCCACCCAGGUGCAUGGCUGCUGAACGCCCUGGAGAGGCACGGCGCCAGAGCUGCUGAAGCCGGGCUGCACUUCACGUGGCAUGUGGAUGCGGGUGUGCCGGAGGUGCUGGAGGGAGACUACGUGCGCCUGCAGCAAGUGCUGGACAGCAUCGUUGACAACGCCAUCAAGUUCACGGCCAGUGGAGGCGUGUGUGUGCGGCUGCAGUGCCUUCCCCCCGACACCCACAUCCCCUCCCACCUGCUCUCCCUCGGCUGCCUCCUCGCUGACGCGACUCCCUGCUGCCCGCCUGCCGCUGCUCCCAGUGCUGCCGAUGCUGCUCCCACUGCUGCCGAUGCUGCUCCCACUGCUGCCGAUGCUGCUCCCACUGCUGCUGCUGCCACCACCUGUGCUGCGAUUGCGCCUUGCGAUCACACAGAGGGUGCAGUUGUGGUGCCUUGCUUUGGGCAGCACAUGGGGCAUUGGCGGCUUACACGGGCGGGGGUGAGGCAAUGUUGUGGGCUCUUGGAGGCACUGGUGGGGCUGCGGAAAGGUGCAGCGUUGCAGGGAUGGUGCACGUUAGGAUUUCCGGAGGAAGAGAACAGCAGGGACGGUGCAGGUGCGGAUGCCAUGGCGGCUGCUGAGGCGGGUUGCAAGGCAGGCACGGCGGCAGUAGUGGGCGGCGGGAGGGUCACAUGGGUGGGUGCAGUGCAGCGGUGGUGGGGCAGGGCUGCCAUGCCAUGGUUCACUGGAAGGGCUGAGCCGGAGGGGAAUUGUGAAAGGAGGAAGGUGUUGCUGCUGACAUGUGAGGACACGGGGUGUGGCAUCGCAGAGGAGGACCAGCGCGACGUGUUUCAGGCGUUCAUGCAGGCGCAUCACAAGAGGCAUUCGCACGGUGGUAGUGGCUUGAGUCUCCACAUAUCCAAGCAGCUGGUAUCUCUGAUGGGCGGCACCAUGGGUCUGCUCAGCACACAGGGCCACGGCACCACCCUGCACGUCGCACUCCCCAUCGCUGCUCUGCCCGCCGCCGCUGCUGCUGCUGCUGCCCGUGCUGCUAGCACGAGCACACGAGUUGACAGUGCUGCCACUGCUGCUGCCUUCACAGCCUGCAGCACCAGCAGGGCGAUGGACGGGUGCAAGCAGGUGGCAGGACGGAGGAGAAGCGAAGGAGCAUUGCGGAGAGAGAGUGGGAGAGAGGUGCAGGUUGCAGGUGUGGAGGCUGGUGGUCUCACAAGGCUCACACGGGUGGUAGCAGUGCGGGGAGCGGGGGAGGUGCAGGCUGAUGGGGUGGGAGGUAAGUGGGUGAGCGGCGCAGGGCCGAGUGCCAAGGAGGCUCUCAAGGAGAUGCUGCAUGGCGUCGCAAUCCUGGUGGUGGACGACAACGCCAUCAACCGGCGGGUGGCAGCGAGCACGCUGGCGCGGUACGGGGCGGAGGUGGCGCUGGCAGAGUCGGGCGAGGCGGCGCUGCGCCUGCUGCAGGCACGCCACUCCUUCCGCCUCGUGCUCAUGGACCUGCACAUGCCCACCCUCGACGGCUUCCAAACCACCGCCCGCCUGCGUGCCCUCGAGGCCGCCGCUCAGAUGGCUCGGGAAGAUCAGGUAGAGCAGGGGGUGCAACGCAUGCCAGUAGUGGGAGAUACUGGGGCAGAGGAUGGGAAGCGGGGCUGGCAGUGGCACGAGCGCGUACAUGUUGUGGCCAUGUCAGCAGAUGUGGACAGCACUGUUGCCGCCCAUGCCACAGAGGCUGGCAUGGAUGGUGCCGUACAGAAGCCACUGAACGAGAGAGUGCUGCUGCAGGUGCUCUCAACGUUGCUCGUGAAGGGCUGCAGAACCCACUAG